GUUCCUUGGUCAAAAAUGACCAAGGGUGUCACUUUCUUGAAGCAAACACCCAACCAGACCAUGACCUUUUGAGGAAAUUUUUGUUUCAUUUUAAUGCCACUUCUUGCAAUCUAAUUAGUUUCUGUUGCAGUUUUUGUUUACAAAAAGACGAAAUAAUCUCUGAAUAUGAAUGAAGUGAUGAAAUAAAAAAAAGGUGACUAGAACGGGACAAAUGAAAAAUAAGUAGCUUUUGCAGAAAAUAACGGGUGUUCCAUAAAGUAUGGGCCUCUCAGUAUUUUCUCGACAUCUCAGUUAAUACUUAUUUAUUCAGAAAUAAUUUUUUUUUCGAAAGAUUUGUCUUUUUGUCCUCUACAAAAAUCUAUACUUCGUAUUUCAUUCAAACGUAUCUUGUCCUUGUGAUAAGAUGAAAAGUAAAGACCUUCAAAAGUUGGUUUUUUGUAAACACGAAGAUGGUGAUGGUUCAACUAAAAUCUUUCGUGAUUUAAAAGGGUGCUUGGGGUUAAAUACUAUAAAAAGAUGGUGCAAGAUGAUCCACGGCACCGGUUCUAUCCAGCUGUCAACAUCGCCAGGUAGACCACGUCUUGCUCGGACCAGUAAAGUUAUUCAAAAAGUCAAGCACCGACUGGAACAACAAACUAUGGUGUCGGUUCGAAGUUUAGCUAAAGAGUACGGCACAUCCAACACAAGUGCUUAUCGAACAUUGAAAGAAUAUCUCAAGCUUCAUUCCUAUAAGAAACUAGUUGAACCAAGACUGAACCACGAACAAAAACACAAACGACAAAGCAUUCGUAAAAUGGGUCUUUAAUAAUUUUGGAAAAGAAGACACCUUGAGAAUUUUAUUUUCAGAUGAAAAAUUCUUGGAUAUCGAUGGCAUAUACAAUUCCCAAAACGAAUCUAUUUGGACGGUUAGUCGUGCAGAGGCAAAUGAAAGAAGUGGCAUUAAAAUGAAACAAAAAUUUCCUCAAAAGGUCAUGGUCUGGUUGGGUGUUUGCUUCAAGAAAGUGACACCCUUGGUCAUUUUUGACCAAGGAACAGCCGAUCAUGCUGAAUAUAUCCAAAAUGUUCUUCCAAUAGCACUAGAAUAUGGAAAUAAGACUUUUGGAGGACAUUGGACAUUUCAACAAGACGGUGCGAAGCCUCACAUCCACCACCUAACAGAAAAGUGGUGUCUGGACAACUUUCCAUCGUUCAUAGAUAAAGAUCAUUGGCCACCGAAUAGUCCAGAUUUAAAUCCAUUGGACUAUUCUAUUUGGGACAAAUUUGCAGUGUCCACUAGCUGGAACAAAGUUACAUCAAAAGACACUCAUUGAAGAAUUGAAACGUGCAGUGAAAAAAAUACGACAAGAUGUUGUUUUACAAAGUUGUACAUCUUGGACUGUUCGUUUGAUACGUGUCUUAGAAAAUGAUGGAUGUUAUUUACGUAAAUAA